AUUGGGGUGGGUCGCGCUGGCCGGGAGUCCUGGGCCGAGCGGAGUUGGCUGGGCUGGGUGCGGCUUUGAGGCCGGGCGGCGUCGCAGAGGGAGGAAGCCGUUUUACGAGGCGUCUGCGACGCGUAACCCGUUUGGGUGUCUCGGAGACGCUAGUGCUUCUAGGUCGGGAGGGCGUAGCCUGGCGCCACGGGGAGAAGCCCCCAGCAGCCUCGGCACCGUCUCGGUCCCCCGAGCCCAUCGAGUGUCUUGGGCUGUCGUCCUGUGAAACGUGGCAAGCGCCAAGAUGGCGGCAGGCAGGGCGUUGGCUGUAGCCGGUGGGGGCGGGGCCGCGGUGUCGUGGCCGUAUUUGGGCGGGACAGAGCACCUUCCCCCGGUGGCUGGGUAAGGAAUGGCCCAGCCUGCGUGGGCGUCCAUUUUGUGCAGCCAUAGCCGGGACGCAGCGAAGGUUGGCCCAGGGCCUGUGAGGCCACGUGUGUCCCAUUCUCUAAAGCCAAGUGGAUUUCUGUUUGGCCGUCUUGAUUUAGGGUAAAAAGAUGAAAUUUCUAGACAAGUCAGCUUAUGAUGGGAUUUUGUUCCUGGCUCCUUUCAGGCUUUUCACAGCAUUCAGCAGCAGCGUUGCUGUAACCGACAAGGACACCUUCGAAUCAAGCACAUUCCUCGAUUCCAGCAAAACCUCGCAACAUGGCCGAGAUGAGCUUCCUGAGCAGCGAGGUGUUAGUGGGGGACUUGAUGUCCCCCUUCGACCAGUCGGGUUUGGGGGUUGAAGAAAGCCUAGGUCUCUUAGAUGACUAUCUGGAGGUGGCCAAGCACUUCAGAUCAUACGGGUUCUCCAGGGACAAGGCUAAGGCGGGCUCCUCCGAAUGGCUGGCUGUGGACGGGUUGGUCGAUGCCUCAGACAACGGCAAGGAGGAUGCCUUCUUCGGAACAGAUUGGAUGGUGGAGAAAAUGGAUCUGAAGGAGUUUGAUUUUGAUGCCAUAUUGAGUUUAGAUGACCUGGAAACCAUGCCAGAUGAGCUUUUGGCCACAUUGGAUGACAGCUGUGAUCUCUUUGACCCCCUAGACCAGGAGACUAAUAAGGAGCCCUCCCAGACAGUGAACCCAAUUGGCCAUCUCCCAGAAAGUUUAUCACAAACCGACCAGGUUGCCCCCUUCACCUUCCUACAACCUCUUCCCCAUUCCCUAGGGGUCCUGGCUUCCACUCCAGACCAUUCCUUUAGUUUAGAACUUGGCAGUGAAGUGGAUAUUUCUGAAGGAGACAGGAAGGCAGACUCUCUUCCUUAUGUUCCAGUGGUCCCUCAGUGCAUAAAAGAGGAGGAUACCCCCUCGGAUAAUGACAGUGGCAUCUGCAUGAGCCCUGAGUCCUAUCCAGGAUCUCCCCAGCACAGUCCCUCCACCUCCGGGGGCUCUCCAAAUAGGAGCCUGCUCUCUCCAGCUGCCCUUGCUGGCUCUGCUCGCCCCAAACCUUAUGACCCUCCUGGAGAGAAAGUGCUAGCAGCAAAAGUAAAGGGGGAGAAAUUGGAUAAGAAACUGAAAAAAAUGGAGCAGAACAAGACAGCAGCCACAAGAUACCGCCAGAAAAAGAGGGCGGAGCAGGAGGCCCUCACUGAUGAGUGUAAGGAGCUAGAAAAGAAGAACGAGGCUCUGAAAGAGAGGGCAGAUUCCCUGGCCAAGGAGAUCCAGUAUCUGAAAGACUUGAUAGAAGAGGUCCGCAGGGCCAGGGGGAAGAAAAGGGUCCCCUAGUUAGGGUAGUCAGGAGUGGGUGCUUGUACAUAGGCCUAUGCUGAAGCUAUGUUGUAAUAAAUUCUUUUGUAGUGAAAGUA